UUAGGGCAACGCAAUUCAUGUAGCCAAGAGCCUGAGUGAAGCGAAGCAUGUAUGUAUAGAGGCACCGUGCGCGCCUAUAAUGCCGGAGAACGAUGGCAAGCUAGUACAUAUCGCCUGUCCCGUGACGCACUUAGACAGCUUCCGCGAUAUUGCCCUGGGUAUGGAGUAUAGUGGACUCAAGUUUGUACGCACUGUAGAGAUGUACCAGUGGGAAGAGGAGAAGAGCUGUACCCAGAAAGACGACAAGUUCGGCGGGGGCACGACUACCCACUGCACGUACUCAUACCACAAGACCUGGUCCACCACCAGCGUAGACUCACUCCACUUCCACAACCAGCAGUAUGUGAACCCGGAAGCCAGUGAAUGGCCUAUGCAAAGUUCGGUACAAGCCGGUGACCGCAUCGGUGUAGGGGCGUUCACACUGGAGAGCGACCUGGUGCGUGGGUUAGAGCUGAAGCUUGUUGGGUUGAUCCCCCCUGUCCACCCCUCCUACCGUCCCUCGGGUCAGUAUCCACCCAGGACUCUGGACUCCUACAACACCCAGUUGUGCGGGGCUAGCUACUACACGGGUGACUGUAGCAGACCGCUGGUAGGCGACGUGCGGGUGUCCUAUCAGGGUGCGUCGUCCAGCGCCAUCUCCAUACUGGGUAGGCAAUACAUGCAGACGUUUGUAUCGUGGAAGGGGACUCAGAGUAAGAGCACGGUCGGUCCGUACCUGGUUGAGGGGAUCAAGAGCGAAGAUGUGAUGUUCAACGACUUACAGAACAACCUGACUAUGCUGACGCUGCUACUACGCGCCGGUGGCUUUGUACUGCUAUGGAUUAGUUUCAGUAUGGUUGCCGGUCCGUUGUCGGUAGUGCCAGACAUCAUCCCGUGUAUAGGCCCUUGCAUCGGGGACAUCAUCGGGGGGGCGAUCUGCUGUGCUUCAUUGCUGGCGGCUGUCUCAGUAUCUCUAAUCACCAUAUCCAUUGGCUGGCUUGCUUACCGCCCUCUUAUUGGUGUUCCGCUGUUACUGCUGGGCAUCCUAUUCGUCGGCGCGUUUCUAUACUACCGGAGCAAGAACAUCAAACCUACCCAGAAGUACGCCGAAGUGCCGCGGUUCGACAGUACCACACCACCAUACCCCCCGCCCCUAUACUCAGGCGCCCACGAACCAAGUUUGGGGGGUAUGUACGGGUCUACCGAUACACAAGGACAUGGACACGCACAGGGUGGCGCGUAUGGUAUGCGUAAUCCGUAUGCGGGCCAGAUGCCGGCGAGGGAGGGCGGGGGCUAUCCUCAGUCGCAGGCUAUAAUGGGGUAUGGGAGCAAUCCGAAUCCCAAUCCUAAUCCUAACCCAAAUCCCAACCCAAGUCCGUAUCCCUACCCCUACUCCAAUCCGAAUUCGGGUUCGAUUUCCCAGGCGUACGCGAGUGGACAAAAGGGUAGUAACUACCCAAAUACCGGCGUUGGUAGAGCGCCUGGCGAUCUGUACUACACCGGAGGUGGCGGUGCACAAGUAGGUAACUACGAUCAGUUCCCAACACACAUGUCACCCCCGGGUGACGCACAAGGGCAGCAGAACACACCCUAUCCGCCCCCGCCAAGCGGUCAGGCUCCAUAUCCACCGCCACGAUGAUUGCAUGGUUACAAUAAAGACAAUAUUAGUGAACAAGCUG